AUUACGCAUGUGCUAUCCCGUCUACGUAGUACGGUCAUUGUUCAGCGUGAGGUAGCUAAUGUGCUAAAUGCUAACUAAGAACAUUAGCUGUUCUUAACUUUUUUUCGCUUGCACAUAAGACCGUUCGAAUUCCCAAAGGACUGUUGAGAGUUUAUCAAAUUAACAAUGAGCAAGAGGAAAGCGCCGCAGGAAUCGCUAAAUGAGGGAAUAACAGACUUUCUUGUGGAGCUGGCCAAUUACGAGAAAAAUGUUAACAGGGCAAUACACAAGUACAAUGCAUACAGGAAAGCAGCAUCUACUAUUGCCAAGUACCCUCACAAGAUCAGAAGUGGUGAAGAGGCCAAGAAACUGGAUGGCGUUGGAGCUAAAAUAGCAGAAAAGAUUGAUGAGUUCCUCCAAACUGGCAAACUACGGAAACUGGAAAAAAUCAGAAAUGAUGACACCAGCUCUUCCAUCAAUCUCCUCACCAGAGUCACUGGAAUUGGCCCUGCUGCCGCCAGGAAGUUUGUUGAAGAAGGGGUGAAGACAUUAGAAGAUCUCAAAAUGGUUGAGCACAAGCUAAACCACCAUCAACAGAUUGGACUCAAGUACUUUGAGGAGUUUGAGAUGAGGAUUCCACGUGCUGAAAUGGGAAAGAUGGAGAUGCUGAUUCUUGGAGAGUUGAAGAAAAUUGAUACAGAAUAUAUUGGAACAAUCUGUGGAAGUUACAGGAGAGGUGCUGCAUCGAGUGGUGAUAUUGAUAUUUUGCUUACCCACCCAAACUACACCUCUCAGACUGAGAAGCAGCCCAAGCUCCUCCAUGCCGUGGUCGACCAUUUGGAGUCCAGUGGGUUUGUGACCGACACUCUGUCCAAAGGAGACACAAAGUUCAUGGGGGUCUGCCAGCUGCAGCCGAGUGAAGAAGAUGAGGAAGAAUACCCUCACAGGCGUAUUGAUAUUAGGUUAAUUCCCAAGGACCAGUACUACUGUGGAGUCCUGUAUUUCACUGGAAGUGAUAUCUUUAAUAAAAAUAUGAGAACUCAUGCUCUGGAGAAGGGCUUCACUCUUAAUGAGUACACCAUACGACCACUUGGGGUCACUGGUGUGGCAGGGGAGCCUCUGUUGGUGGAUAGCGAGAGAGACGUCUUUGAAUACAUCCAGUACAAAUACAGAGAGCCAAAGGACCGCAGCGAGUGAAGUUACACUUACAUCUGUAUUUAAGGCUACAGCUUUCGUGCAAACAAAAUCAAAAACAUGUGUACAAAUGUGUGUGUUUGUGUGUUAGUCUUUCUAGUCAACUAUGUUAUUGAAAAAAACUGUGAAAGUCAAUUUAAUUAUUUGUUUUGGACAUUUUUUUUUCUAUCGUAAGUUGAAAUCACCCCUAUUAAUGUAAUUUAAAACUAAAAACACACGACUGCACAGCAAAAUUGUUAUUGUGUUUUUACCUUAAGUUUUUAUUCUCCAUGGUUGUGUAUGAAGGCUUAUGGACUCAAUUUUUUAAAGCAAGUUUUUAAAUCAUGCUCAACAGUGAUUUUUUUUUUUCUUUCUUUUUUUUUUAAUACCACACUUGCAUACAUUUAGUUUUGAAUAUUCCAUAAAAGGAUUACAGUAUAACCUAUAGGAGCAGUCUUAAUGUGGACCGGCCUCUGUUACAGUUAUUUGUCCAUCAUGAACAAUGAGUACCACUGUCAUCGCCACUGUCAUGGCAGUUGUGUCCUUAAAUACUUUGGCUGAGUUGUUACACAUGCAGACAAGACAGCAGUAUCACUGCUAUAUCUUAGUAGUUUUUAAAAACUCAUUCACCAUGGAAAUUUAAGAGUGUGUUUUUUUUAACCUGUAGUAUUUAUCUUCGAACUUGGAGAAACUAAAAAAUUAGAAAUGUAAUGAUGAAAACAAUAUUUGUGGUUAAUUGGCUCAGUUUCUGGUUAUAGACACUAAUAUUGGACAAAUGAGAAUAUACAUUUUUCUCAGUUUUUGAUUGAUUUGUGAAUAUGACUCUUACACUGAGAGACUUGAAUCUGUUGUAUGUGGUUGUGUGAAAAUGAUUACAUGUUUGUAAGACUGAGAAUUAUUGUAUAUUCAAUUUUCAGGGGGCAUUUGAAAGCAGUAGAUACAAGUAAUAAGGCUAACCAGGUAACUGCUACAGUGUAUCCUGUGAGACAGAUUUUAAUCUGUAAAAAAAAAAAAAAACC